AUGGCGCUCAUCCUGCUCCCGGUCUGCCGGAACACCAUCACAUGGCUCCGGUCCCGGACCAGGCUCGGCGCCGCCGUGCCGUUCAACGACAACAUCAACUUCCACAAGGUGGUCGCCGGGGGCGUGGCCGUCGGCGUCGCGCUGCACGCCGUGACGCACCUCACGUGCGACUUCCCAAGGCUGCUGCACGCCAGCGCCGCCGCGUACGAGCCCAUGAAGGCAUACUUCGGCCAGCGCCGGAUCCCGGACUACUGGUGGUUCGUGAAGGGCGUCGAGGGCGUCACCGGCGUCAUCAUGGUCGUGCUCAUGGCCGUCGCCUACACGCUGGCGCACCCGUGGUUCCGCCGCGGGAGGCUCAGCGAGGGCAACCCGCUGCGCCGGCUCAGCGGAUUCAACAUGUUCUGGUACUCGCACCACCUCUUCGUCAUCGUCUACGUCGCCUUCGUCGUCCACGGCGUCUGCCUCUACAUCAACAGGACGUGGUACAAGCAGACGACAUGGAUGUACCUCGCCAUCCCCAUCCUGCUCUACGCCGGCGAGCGGCUUCUCCGGGCGCUGAGGUCCCAUGGCCUCACCACCGUGAGGAUCGAGAAGGUCGCCCUGUACCCCGGAAAUGUCAUCGCCAUUCACAUGAGCAAGCCGCACGGGUUCAGCUACAAGAGCGGGCAGUACAUCUACGUCAACUGCGGCGAGGUCUCGCCGUUCGAGUGGUAA